AUGAAGAAGCAAAACGUCCGGACCCUAUCGUUGAUCGUCUGCACGUUCACCUACCUCCUCGUUGGCGCUGCAGUUUUCGACGCCCUCGAGUCCGAGACGGAGAAACGACGCUGGGAAGCAUUAGAUGCCAUAGAGAAAAUGGUGAUACGCAAGUAUAACAUUAGCGAGGACGACUUCAAGGUCAUGGAGACGGUUGUGCAGAAGACGGAGCCGCACAAGGCCGGGCAGCAAUGGAAAUUCGCUGGAGCUUUCUACUACGCCACGACGGUCCUCACCACUAUCGGGUACGGACACUCGACGCCGAAUACCAUAGGCGGCAAACUGUUCACCAUGUGCUACGCCAUGGUCGGCAUUCCACUGGGUCUCGUAAUGUUCCAGAGCAUAGGAGAGCGACUCAACAAAUUCUCGUCGGUCGUCAUACAAAACGUUAAACGGCUCUUGCACUGCAAGGACGUCCAAGCCUCGGAGAUGAACCUAAUUUGCGUGGUGACGACACUUUCGAGUCUGACGAUCGCCGGUGGCGCCGCCGCGUUCUCCAGGUACGAGGGCUGGUCUUACUUUGACUCUGUCUACUACUGCUUCAUCACCCUGACGACCAUCGGAUUCGGCGACAUGGUCGCUCUACAGAAAGACAACGCUCUCGACAACAAACCCGAGUACGUCAUGUUCGCUCUGAUCUUCAUUCUCUUUGGGUUGGCAAUUGUCGCUGCCUCGCUAAACUUGCUCGUCCUGAGAUUCGUCACGAUGAACACGGAGGACGAACGCCGAGACGAAGCCGAAGCUCUGCAGGCGGCCCAGGGAGCAGUGCGUCUCGAGGGCGACGUGAUCACGGCGAAUGGCUCGAUACUUUCGGGUCAGGUCGGGACCCAGGGCGACACCAUCUCGCUCGACGACAACCAGUCGGUCUGCAGCUGCCGCUGCAGCAGCUUCUACAAGAAACGGCGGAGACCGCGUUUCACGGUUCGUCGUUCGCCCGGCAAGAUCUCUCACCUCCUCCCGAUGCAGCAGCUGCCGGUCCUGAGUCUACGGACCGAACUACGUCCCCCGGCCCUCGCACCUCUCCUCCAACUUCCGCCGUUACAUCAGCAUCGUGCCAGCAUCUGA